AUGAAAAGCAAAUCAACUGCGAAGGGGUACAACGAGGUUGCUGCUACAAAAGGCCCGAGCGGCCCAGGGCGAAACCAUGAUGCCAAGCCUGUCGGAGCUAUGCAAGCCUCGCCAACGCGCAAGCAUCAUGAGCAAAGAUCUAGUGCGCGUUCCCGAUCCCCGACGAGGUCAACAAACUCUCGAUUCAGUGAUGACGGGGGCGAAGAAGGGUCUGCUGCGUGUGAGGUACCAGGCGUCGAAGAAGGGUUGGAGGUGGCUAUCAAAAAAGCUCUGCAAAUUAUUCUUCUAGAACAAUCGUUCGUAAAAAACCUAGUCAGCUCCAUAAAAUCUGUUCUUGUGAAGGAAAUUGAAUCAGCAGUUUCCGAUCAUGUUGAGUCCAUCUUAUUCGAGAAUGCAAAUCUUCUGGAGGAAGUCGGUCGUCUAAAAAACAGAGUCGAGUCGCUAGAAGCUGCAGCUGAUGAGGCGGAGCAGUAUUCACGCCGCAAUUGCCUGAUUUUCAGUGGUAUUGCUGAAUCUGCAAACGAAGAUACUGAUGCCAAGAUCAUAGAGGUGUGCCAGAGGAAUCUGGGUGUUACAGUGAAACAAGAGGACAUCGAUCGUUCUCACCGCCUUUCCAGCCAUGCUGCGCUUGAGAACAAGCAGAAGGAUCCUCGUAGUCGUAAGCCCCGGAAUGUCAUCAUCAAAUUUUCCAACUACAGGGCAAGAGAGGCUGUAUACGCAUCUAAGGCUAAGCUGAAAGGCCUUUCAAUUUACAUCAAUGAAAAUCUAACACGGAAGCGAUCUCAGCUGUUCUGGCAAUCUUUCUUGAACACUUAUACACUGAAAAGCUCGAUUGGAUAUAACUACUGGAUAGGCCUGAGUUACAAAGAUAGUGACGGGAAAUACACGUGGGUAAACAACACGCCAUCAGGGUAUUGCAAUCUAAGACCCGAGGGCGAGGAAGGAGGAUGUGUUCGGCUGAGGACGGAUCACUCAGGACAAUGGGAUGGCAGCGGCUGCGCAGACAUCCGUGUUCAUAUUUGCCAGCGUGAUUCAGAUCCUCGUUGUUCUUGGAACCAGUACGGGCAAUCAUUUUAUCGCUUCAUGGGAGAUGGGAGGAGUUUUGAUUCAGCACAGACUGAAUGCGCGAGCAUCGGAGGAAGAUUGGCGAUUAUCAGAUCAACAGAAAUUAAUACAUUUCUAGAAUCGUUUGUCACACCCGCUCUUUCAUCUUCCUAUUGUUAUUGGUUUGGUUUAAAUCGAAGCUCAGAUAGUGAGCCAUUUAGCUGGAAUGAUGGUAUUAACUUGAGUGAUCCUCACUGGGCUCCUGACGAGCCAUCAAGCUCUAUAGGACAGUCCUGUGGAUGUUUAUGGUCUGAUGGAAACAAUGACAAUCACGGUCGAUGGGACAGUCGGACUUGUGAAGACGCACUGCCUUACAUCUGUGAAAGACCACAAAUCCCACUUAAUGGAAAAUGGAUAGAAAUUGCAGCAGUUAACGAUGUACAGUAUUACUUCUCAACAUUUUCGGCGAAUUAUUUCAAUGCAAACGAGUAUUGUCGGCAAAUAGGUGGACAUCUGGCGCAAUUGAAAACAUCAACGCUUUAUUCAGCAGUGAGAGAUCACUUUUCAAGCCUGGGAGUAUUCAGUUUUUUCUUCGGUCUUGAUGAUCUAAUGAAGGAAGGUGAAUUCCGAUGGGCUGAUGGCACGUUAUUGAGCGAAACGGGAUAUUCUCAAUGGAUUCCCGGUAACCCGGAUAAUUAUUUAGGGAACGAACAUUGUGUGGAAAGGAAUGUGUACACAGGUACUUGGAAUGAUCGACCUUGCGACUUUCAACGAAGAUUUGUCUGCGAGAAACCAAAAGGUUGGCUGGCAAAGGCUCCUUAA